GUCACACAUGGGCGGGCGAUUGAAACAUGGCAGCCACAAGCAGAGCGACGGUGGACGAGCUGAAAAACGUGCUGAAGGAGUCCCUAGAGGCCCGUGGAGUGAUGGGACAGCUACAGGCACGAGUUCGAGCAGAAAUCUUCAAGUCCAUGCAGGACCCGCUUGAGGAGAAGCCUCGUCUGAACCAUGAGAACAUGCUGAUCAACGAACUGAUCCGGGAAUACCUGGAGUUCAACAAGUACAACUACACACAGUCUGUACUGCUGGCAGAGACAGGCCAGCCCAGGACUCCCCUCAGCCGAGACUUCCUGGCUGCAGAGCUGAACAUCAGGGAGGACCCAGACACUGCCUCUGUCCCACUACUGUAUGGCAUACUGAACCACUUCACCAGCAGGAGGCAGGAAACAGUUCCCACAGGAAGGUCUGCGGAUAUCCCAUCAUCCUCAGCUCUGUACAGACCGCACAGCUCCCCAACUCUGUCCAGUCAUCGCUGGUCACCAGUCAGAACAGAACAGACAUAUGGCAGGGAGAGGGGCAGUCAUAUGGAAUAUGUUCGAGAAGGCAUGGAGGGCCAACCUUUAGUGUAUGAAGGAGGAAGGAGAUGAUGGUUCCAGGACACAGCUGACAGUAACAAUGAAAUUUGAGAAUCUCAUGAAUCUGUAAAACUGCUGGAGGAGACCCUCUAGUCGUCACAGUCGGAUGGCGGGUCGUCUGGGCUGGGCGGGUCGCAGUGUUUGAAGCGGAA